AGAGUAAUCCAGCUUCUGUUAAGUGACAAGAACCCAGGGCUCCAAUAACCAAGACUGAACAUCUUCCUUUAUACCUGGACAGCGUUACUUCGACUUGAGCAGCACCCUGGGACUUGAGCCCGCUACCAUGGCUUCUGGCUUUCUCAGACCUCUGGCGGUAUUUUGUAGCCAGUCGCAGUCUCAGCGCUACAUCAAAACCAUCAAGAAUCUGGGCGAUGCCUGGCGUAGCCUUGCUGAAAUUCCGCUUCCUGAGUGCGAUAAAAACUCUGCUUUAAUUGAGACCAACUUUGACUUUGUUCUGAAAAUCACAAAUGCCCUGGAAGAGCAACGCCAGCCGAACCCGACGAUUGUCGAGAUGUCAACCACAACAUCUCCUCCACCCACCAGCCAACCCGCUCUAACAGAGCCCCCAUGGCAUUAUCGGAUCUUCGCUGAUUACGGCGUGGAUUUCAUCUGGCGAGAUCUAGGUGACUUUCGCCCUGAAGAGGGCGAUGCCGUGGUAGAGCCAGAAGAGGUACUCUCUUCAUUCCCUCCGUCGGUUUUGGAAUCAUACGAUGCGUGGGUCGACACAUACACUGCAAACUUCAAAGAAAGACGCGAAAAGACUGGAAAAUUUCAUGCCACUAUUUUUCCCACCGCUUCCGAGGAGGUUGCUUGGAAUGUGGCCGGGUUUUUGUUGGCAUGGCGCAUUGUAAUGGCGCCCCAAGUCGGGAGAAUCGAAUACACGGCCGGUUGUUCUCAGUAUUUUCUGGAAAAAGGGAAGGAGACGAGUGUCACUUUGGCUUUUUUGCAGGACCGGGUUGAUAUUCUAGCCAAGGGACCGUCGUAGCGAGACCUGCUGCUAUGAAACGAAGUACAUGUAUGCAUGUGGUAGCAUCGCUGCAGUCUUUGGUAUGAUAAGAUUAGAUUCGGUGAUUGUUCCUCGAUCAAACACCGCCUCGAUAAUCGGUUCGCAAGCUUCAGGUAAAAGGCGCUGGCUUUGCUAUUUGGAUAUAUGAGCCUAUUUAUGUGUGAUGAAAUCUCAAUUUAACUAUGCUUUACACUCUUUCCAAACAACAAAAUGCGUUGGAAUGAAUGUAUUUGGC